AUGAAUUGUGAUGAAAAGGAACCCGAAAGACAAACAAAAAAGCCUCAAGAAAACAAGACAAGUCCCACAAGAAAGAGAGCGAAUACCACACAUGUUCCAGAGAGUGAUACCACUUUAUCCGGAAAAAGGAAGCGUUUACAUAGUCGAGGCACUCCAAGUUCCGCCUACAUUCCUUCAAAUGCCGCAGUUAGUUUUAUAGAAGUUCGUUCUGCUUUACCAUUCCCUGGUGCUUCUCGUCGUUUCUACCAAAGGCAAAACAAAACAACAAGUGCGAAUAUGAAGCGAACAAGACAGCGUGAGCAACAACCAGUUAUACGUGAUGAAACAAAAAACAUCGGUAUGUAACGGAGCAGAGUGGAAGGAUCUUUAAAAGAAAAUAUUAGAGACACAGAAAGGGAACUUUUGACUUGCAAAAACCUUUCAAGGAGGGCUGAACGUUUGGCAACAGUGGACAUUGGAAGAGAAUUACAAAGGAGAGUUCUUUUGGAGACCUCAGCAGCCACCGAAAUUUACCAGAAAACAAAGGCCUCUAUACUGAAUGAAGAAGAGAGAACGUAUUCUUGUCCUGUUUACACCUAUGAAAAAUCAUCUAAAAAACUUAACAUUGUUCAAAUAUAUAAUGAUCAAAAAGCUUACCUCGUGGAAGGAAAGGAUACGGAUAUAGAGAAGGUUGUGGACGUUAUCAGCAGAAGGUUAAUAAAGAUCAAUGAUAAUGCAGUAAAAGGAAUCGUGAAGGCAAAGUUGACAGAUAGUUUUGCUGAUCUAUUACAAACCCUCGACAGUAAAAGGGACAGGGAUAUACUGGAGGCCAUAAUUGCGAAAAUUACAAGUGUGAAAAGCGUUGUUUCCAUUAAAGGAGUACAAUUCAAGGACAGCGUUAGCAAGCACCGUGCCACUUUAAAUACCAACUUAAAAACAUUUAAGGACAUUAAAGUCAACUCACAAUCGGUAAGGAAUGACAUGACUGUCACUCAACAACUCUUUUGUUCAAAGGAAGAUAAAGAAACUCAAGGAAGAUAA